GCCGUCGCGAGGCUGUGGAUGGGGAACGGCGGCGGAGGCGGCUGGGAGCGGAUCCCCGGGAGCGCCGCGGCAAGAAUUGGACACUUUUUCAGCAUGCUGACAGCGUUUUAAACAUUCCUACUAAUUUUACCAAGUUAUAAGUGAAGAAACCUUUAAGAAUUUGUACUUGAGGACUGAAGUGUGACGGCCAGUUAUCAGGCUUUCAUGAUGAAUCUGGAAAAACUCAGCAAGCCUGAACUCCUGACGCUCUUCAGUAUUCUUGAAGGAGAGCUUGAGGCACGGGACCUGGUUAUAGAAGCUUUAAAGGCCCAACAUAGAGACACUUUUAUUGAAGAACGUUAUGGAAAAUACAACAUCAGUGACCCUUUAAUGGCCCUGCAGAGAGAUUUUGAAAUACUGAAGGAGAAAAAUGAUGCUGAGAAGCAGCCAGUCUGCACGAACCCCCUGUCUGUCCUCAAGGUGGUGAUGAGGCAAUGCAAGAACAUGCAGGAGCGCAUGCUGUCCCAGCUGGCCGCCGCCGAGAGCAGGCACCGAAAGGUGAUCCUCGACCUUGAAGAAGAAAGGCAGAGACAUGCUCAGGACGCGGCUGAAGGAGACGAUGUCACCUACAUGCUCGAGAAGGAACGGGAGAGGCUGACUCAGCAGUUGGAAUUUGAGAAGUCCCAAGUCAAAAAGUUUGAGAAAGAGCAGAAGAAGCUCUCCAGUCAGCUGGAAGAGGAGCGUUCCCGCCACAAGCAGCUGUCGUCCAUGCUGGUACUGGAGUGCAAGAAGGCCAGCAGCAAGGCCGCCGAGGAGGGCCAGAAGGCGGGGGAGCUGAGCCUGAAGCUGGAGAAGGAGAAGAGCCGGGCCAGUAAGCUGGAGGAAGAGCUGGCAGCCGAGAGGAAGCGAGGCCUGCAGACGGAAGCCCAGGUGGAGAAGCAGCUGUCUGAGUUCGACAUCGAAAGGGAACAACUGAGAGCGAAACUGAACCGCGAAGAGAACCGGACCAAAACGCUGAAGGAAGAGAUGGAAAGUUUGAAGAAGGCCGUGAAGGCGCUGGAGGCUUCCCGCCAGCACAGCAGCCCCGCCGAGCACUCCAAGAAGCCAGCGACUGCGUCCAAAGGCACCGGGACCGAGCCUCCCACGCUCGUGUCUGUGUUUUGCCAAACCGAAGGUCCUCAGGGAGAAAGAACCCACGGGAACAUCGUAACCAAGGUGACAAACACUGGUCUUCCUGGCCCCACCACUCCCACCUACUCAUAUGCAAAAAUCAAUGGCCAUGUUGACCCCGAAAUUCAAACGACCAGGGAGUUGAUCACCGGCAGCAGUGCAGAAAACCAAGUGCCUCCACGAGAGAGAUCCGUAGCACUGGCCCAAGAGAAACCAGUGGAGAAUGGUGGGUUUCCUAUGGGAACUGAUUCUGCGGUCCCAGUGCCAAGUCACCUCCCUUCCAGCGGCAGCUCACUGUCUCCCAGCAGCACUGCGUCGUCCUCUCUGACAUCGUCUCCUUGCUCCUCACCAGUCCUCACCAAGCGCUUACUGGGGCCAUCCGCCAGUAGCCCCGGCUACCAGUCUUCUUACCAAGUAGGGAUCAACCAGCGAUUCCAUGCAGCCCGGCACAAAUUUCAGUCCCAAGCAGAUCAAGACCAACAAGGCAGUGGGGUACAGAGCCCUCCGUCCAGGGAUCUGUCCCCCACCCUCCUAGACAACUCCGCUGCCAAGCAGCUGGCCCGGAGCACAGUCACUCAGGUGCUGUCCAGAUUCACCAGCCAACAAGGGCCCGUCAAGCCCGUCUCUCCCAACAGCUCGCCCUUUGGCACAGACUACCGGAAUCUGGCCAAUACUGCCAGCCCGAGAGGCGACAGCAGCCACUCCCCCACUCCAGGGAAGGUGUCCAGCCCUCUGAGCCCCCUCUCUCCAGGAAUCAAGUCUCCAACCAUCCCCAGAGCUGAGAGAGGAAACCCUCCACCUAUUCCACCCAAAAAACCUGGCCUCACCCCUUCUCCAUCUGCUGUCACUCCUCCGACCAAAACUCACUCCCAGACCUCCUCUUUGACCACCACAGAAGACCUGGCCAGCAGCUGCUCUUCCAGUGCUGUGGUGGCCAACGGCAAGGACGUUGAGAUACUUUUGCCAACCAGCAGCUAGUCCCUGGAAUUGAGCCUUCACAUUUGACAUUCCACCCGAUUUCGUCCAAGAGCUCAGAACUAGACCACUGAGUCAGAUCAUGUUAUUUAUUUCGACAGUAGCUACAACCAUCUGUAUAAUACAUUUUAGUGUAUUUUACCUUUUUGUAUUUUUUUUUAGGUAGAAGCAGUAGUGUGGACUUUCGGGGCUCACCUCUUUGUACUGAGGUAGCAGUCCCCGUCAGAUCUCUCCAGCUUGGCGGUCCCCUGUGUGCUGUGAUGGACAAAGUGGAGUAUCACAUGGUGAUCCGCCGUCAAUUCUGGAACUAGAAUACUCAACACUCAUUUCAAAUUAUGCAGAAGUGGUUCGUGCAGAUUUUUAUUCCAGAUGAACAUGCUUUCAAAGUGCCUGAAAUAAGACUGCCAAGUGAAUGUGAUGCCGCAGCAGAAACCAACAGGAGCAUUUAAUUGCAGAAAACGAGAUCCUCUGUGAAUUCUGAAUGUUAAAAACCAACACUGCUUUUUAAUCCUUUUACUGUUUUUAAUACCAGCUUUGUGUUCUGAAACAAGGUUGCAUGACUAGAAUGAAAAUCCUCCUGAAGGUAGGCGUGAACGCUCCACCAGCUGAGUUUCGAGACCCAGAGAAACCCUCCAGAGCACCAGGCCAUUGCGGUGCUGAUUUUCUUACGCUGUCGAAAAGUUGAGUCACUCUCAGCUUCCAGCAUCAGUUCUUGAACAGAAUGAAAUCACACGCCCGUUCAGAAAUGUCUUCAAGCAUCUACUGUUGUGAAAGAAACCUCUGAUUGCUUUUACUUGAAUAGGAAAUGGUUACUCAUUCUGUCUCAAAGUAUUCUGCAACAGAAUGAAAUCUUUACUCUGUGAUCAAAAAGCAAUAACUUAAAAUUCACUCUUUGUAAUAUUAUAAAUCAGAAUUAUACAGGUUUUACCAAGUUGUUACAUUUAUUCUCCAAGCUGCCAGCACUUGUAUCUGUGGAACCAAAUUAACUUUUGCCCAAAUGAAAGUAUACAUAUGUCUGUAUAGACGCAUACCCUUUUACAUGUUCAGCAUACACACACUUAAGCACAUAAAAAUUAGUGUGAUUGUAUCUUUGGAGUUUGCAUAUAGCAUAAAGGACAAGUAGAAUUGCAUGUUAAGAUUACCUACCAAAGCAUCUAGAUGUCGCUGGGAGCCAUCAGUCAAGACAGGAAUCCUUUGCACAAGGGAGUGGGGCCAUUCCAGAUAAAGCUCAACCCUUCAGCGUCAUAAGCUGGCACAGCGAAACCAACACUGGCCUCACAGAGCUCGCUGCCAGUAGUUUGGAGUAGUGCGGACUGUGGCAAACCCAAGGGCCCAGCCCCAUCUCACAGGGCUACCACUCCAUCCAACUCGGCGCUGCAGCCGUGCCAGGCCGGGGCCAGGACUACUUCAAGUUUUUAGUCGAUUUCAAAUUUGUAUGAGAAAUUUUUCAUUAAAAAUAGUCUCACUUUUAGCUGCGAGUGGUGCUGCACGCCUUUGAUCCCAGCACUCCAAAGGCUGAGGUAGGAGGAUCACUGUGAGUUUGAGGCCAGCCUGUGUACAUAGUGAAUUCCAGGUCCGUUGGAGCUAGAGUGAGACCCUACCUCUAAAAGCAAAAAAAAAAAAAAAAACAAAAAACCAACCCUCAUCUUUUAAAUCAUGUUUUUAAACACCUGCUAGUUAAACAAAUAUGUCUGCAGCACAAUUUAGCUUGCAAGCUUCCAAGCUGCCCCUCCUUCAUUCUAGAACCUCUGCCAUUUCCAUCACGGUGAGUUUGUAUAGACAGAAGCCUCCGGACUUGACUACCUGGUCUAGUCCACAGACUUGAACUGUCCUCUUCCAAACAGAAGUCUCCACAACCCAGCCCAGGCCCAGUGGUUUACAAUUUUGUCCCCAAAGGUAGAGGCCAGGUGUCUUCACACACAUUCUCCUCUAAGCAACAUUAUCCAGCAGCCCCUGGCCGCCUGUAAUUUGUUUCCUUCAAAUCCAGAAUGAGUCAGUGGGGGAGAGGCAGGUGAUGGACGAGUCACAGCAGAUAUUAACUUGCUACUUGAUAGUUGAUUUGAUACUUUAUUUGAUAUUAAUGGCACUAUAGCUUAUCGUUUGAAAUAGAAAAAUACUACUGAUACCCCCAAGCUGUCUGCUUGAUGAUGUGGGGGUAUCAGAAACUGUCCAAAGCGGCCGUUGUUGCCCAUGGCGGAGCAGUAAUGAUGCAGUCACUGCACCUCCAAGGCAGAGGGGAGCUCCAGCCCCACAUGUGAUACCUCUUGCUUUCAGUGGUAAUCUUAAAAGUUGCAUUGCGCUCUUCCUUUGUUCGGAAAUAGAUAUAUAGAGAAAUGCUAUAAGGAAGUUUAUUUCUUAGGAAGUGCACUGAAUAAUGUAUUUCUUUUAUCAUGUAAUAUGGGGGUGGGGAUAUGCAAGAGAAACGUGUAUUUUUGCUAGUUGCCUAUCUUCUGAGAUAAAUAAGCACAAUCCUGAAAUGGAUCCAAUAAUUCAGUUAGAUAUUAUAGAGUAGUAUUUAAGUUUGCAGUAGAUUGUGUGUGUGCUAAGAAAAAAAUUCCAUGAUUCACAAUUUCGGUAUUAUCUCAUGGCAAAAAAGCUAUGUUACUGGUCAACAGAUUAUAAUGAUGUGCAAUGUGUAACACAAGCAUUAACUAGUCAUUAACAUUUGUAAAGCCAAAUGUACCAUGCAGGAGUUUUCAUUUUUAUAGCAGAUUUCAUUAAAAGAAAUUAAAUCAUA